CAUAUCGCCACCACGCUUGUACCUUCUCGUCUCCUAUAUAAGCUGCCGUGUUUUUCCGUGCACCGUCGUCAGAUUCACCCCUCAGGCCAGCAGUUCUCAUUCGCAAAAUAACCAACAUCUCUAUCUCUCACCUUUUACAUCUCAACACAUGGAGCAUAAGUGUGCAUUCAACCUUUGCACUGCCAUGGUGCCGAGCAUCCAGGAGGGUCAAAACGCACCGAUGCUCCAUGGCGAGCCCAUUUGUGAUCACUGUGACUCACUCUUGAAGCUUCCGAUACCCAAGUCGAAGAACCCAAUACCAGUCGAACCACAGACGCCGGAGCAAGAUACACGCUGCAACGAAAUAGCUUACCGCGGGGAUCAUUUUGAGUACCCUGCCCAUCUCCCGUUACCAUGGGAGGGCCAAAUAACAACCCGUUCCCUGAUCCCCUGGAAGGCUGGUGAAACCAAGUGGAAGUGGAAGUAUGGUCAUCGCUCUGUAGAACCUGAGGCGGAAACAAAGGGUCGCAGCCCGCGUACCACACUUAUACGUCUCAAGGAAACAAAGGAUCGCAGCCUGCGUACCCCACUUAUACGUCUCAAGGAAACAAAGGAUCGCGGCCUGCGUACCACACUUAUACGUCUCAAGAACUCAUUCAAUUUGUGAGGACUACUAGACGUGUAUGAAGGCUGAGCGUCACCGUUCAUACCGAUGUUUUUUCUUUGUUUUUCAUAAUUUACGACCGCAUUUUUAUGUGUACUUAUGAUUACCUCCUGUCAUGUCUAAUCAAAUGCAUCAUGCGACUCCGAGCUUUCA